AUGGCCGAAGAUCAAACAAUGAAUGAGAAGCCAUUAUUUUUCAAUUAUCAUGAGUUUACAGAAAGAUUCUAUGCCGAUUUGGAUUCACCUAAUGAAUUAAAAGAACAUGAUGAAGAUCAUAGUAUAAGCAUAACUCAUUUUCCUAAUGUCUAUGUUUCUAGAGAUUCUGUAAGGUUUGCAGACACAAGAAUUGUUAGAGUUCCAAGAAGGUUUGAAGCUAGAUUGGAUGCACCUCAAUUUAGUGAAAUACUACCGGGAUCUGAACCAGCUGCAUAUACAGCAAACGAUGAAGGAAUGAAUUUUGUUCCACAUGGUGUAUUUGAUGGUGGACAAGUAUUUGGGUACUCAUCUGUGAGUCCGCUGUCGAUGUAUUUAAGUCAGGAGCAAUUUGAAGGAAUAAUUAAACCCAUUAAUGAAAAGUUAAUAAAAGGUUACAAGGUUUAUACUUGGUAUAAUAUAAUGGAUAUUCUAUUUGGUAUUCUUUCCAUGGGUAUCUGGAGUUGGUUGUCAAAAUAUAUUUAUCCCAAUAGGACGCUAAUAGAUUUAGAAGAUUAUAUCAAGGAUGUAAAUGAGUCGCCAUUACUCCAGGAGCACAGCAUAAGAAUAAUAUCUCCCAAAAGGUCAGGAUAUAUGUCGUUAGACUUUGAAAUACCCCGGCCUAAAUUACCAACUAAUUCGCGUUAA